AUGGCGCACGUGUUCAAACUGCUGAUUCUCUUCGUCCUUGUGCAAGGAGUGACCCCGUUCUCAUCAGUGGACAGUGCGUUCCUUCCGCGGCGAAGAAACUCAGGAUUGGGCAUGUACCAGGAAGCAAAAUCAUUGAUGAAUGGAGAAGAGACGGUAGAUGAAGCGACCAAGUACAUUUUCACACAGAUAUGCGGGUUGUGCGUCAAGAAAGGAGUGAUGGGAUGGAGAGAGUUGGAGGAGAUGGCAGAGGAGAACGACCAGCUGAAGUUGAAGGUUUCAUCGUUUGUCAAGCUGUGCUUGCUUCUCCGCCAUGAUGAAAGCUCUUCCUUUCUCAAGGCCCUGAGCGUCUUGGAGAAGGGAGCUGGCAUACUGCAAUCUCAAAGCAGGGACGUUGGUGAGAGGUUUGCCUCAGUGAUUAGAGAGUAUGAGAAGCAGCUGGAAGAAGUUUGUAUCAUCACAUACAAGGACACUUCACCGCUGUCAAGCUCGCUUGCCAUAAUCUCUGCAAAUGCGGGAGAUCAGCAAGUGCGCGAGUUUCUUGCCAGGCAAAAGGUGGAGGUGGAGGGAAGCCAGGGGAAGGAGUCGCCAGAGGACAGGAGGGAGUUUUCUAGCUGUCAACGAGCAUGGAGGAUGGGAUGGACGAAUCUCCAGCUCCUCCUCCAACAGGAUGAGGAGGUUGAAAUCGAAGCUAUACUCAUCACAGACGCGUCUCCUCUUGGGUGGGGGGGGCUGCUCAUUUCCGAAGGAUCCACAGCCGAGGCAGAGGAGGAGGAGGAAGGAGGGAGCGGGGCAGGUGUACACAGCAGGGAGGAUGGCGGCAAGAAGAGAGUCUUGGUACGGAGAGCAUGGGGCAGGUUCGAAGAGGAGGAGCAGGAGCAGGAGCGGGGGGGAAGAAAGCGAGGGGAGCAAGUGGAUCAGGCUACAAGGGAGUUGAUGGUGACGAAUGGCGAUGUCAGGCUCACCAACAUCUGA